AUGUCCGACCACGGCUAUGUUGCGGCGAAGUCCAACCUGCCCCAGCCUGCCUACCGGCAAGAAGCCUAUCCAGGGGGGAUGCUCUUCGUCCUCUCCAGCGCCAAAGGCUCCCCGGUCGACGAAGAAAGAUUUAACACCUGGUACGACACCGACCACGGGCCGCUGCGGCGGUCGUGUCCAGGUGUCCUCGACGCGACACGAUACCAAGCGACCGACGGCAGACUGCCCGAAUGGCUCGCCACCUACGAGCUGACAUCUCCCGAUGUGCUGCAAUCCAAGCAAUACAAAGCGCAGUGGGCAAAUCAGCCCGAGUGGGAGAAGAAGAUGUUGGGGGAUCUCGCGAUUUUGGACCGGCGCGUGUACCGCUUCAUCUCCCGCAAGACAGCCCUGGACUACACUGCCCGCGCAAGGGAGGGACACAUCUUCCAGUACGUGGGGAUUGAGCCGUCGGCUCGUUUAGGUACUACCGAGCUCGAUCGGUGGUACGCUGAAGAGCACAUACCGCUCCUAUCGAGCGUGCCUGGGUGGUUGCGGAGCACGCGACUAGAGUUGGUCGAUGCAGCGGGUGCGGCAGGCAGUCGAGUCAACGCAAACGAGGACAAAAUCCCACAGUUCAUUGCCAUUCACGAGUGGGACACUGCUCAAAUCUUCGAGCACUCGGAGUUCAAGCGGGCGAUUAGCACGGAGUGGAGGAAUAGUGUGAUGGAGAGGCAGAACAAGGAUAAGGAGGAAAGGAGAACCUGGCAGCUGUACAAGAAGUGGGAAUAA